CUUCGUCCAUCGACCUCCCAAUGUUGAGCAGAUUAUCAACGUCCGCGUUGCGAAGAAGCGCCUUCACUGCUUCGAGAUGGGGCCCUGCUCCUCGACGCCGUGGGCUGCUCACGCUUGCGAUCGAAACAUCCUGCGAUGAUACAUCGGUCGCCAUCGUCGAAAAGGAAGCCAACCAGGCGCAAAUCCACUUCCUCGAAAACAUCACCUGCGACUCCCGGCAAUACAAGGGCAUCCACCCGAUCGUCGCCCUCGAAUCACAUCAAGAAAACAUCGCGAUCCUCGUCAACAAAGCCCUCACCCACCUGCCGGUCGCCUGCGAAAAGACACACAACCCACGCCAAACAGUCACCUUAUCCAGUGACGAGAAAGCGCGUCGCAAACCCGACUUCAUCUCCGCCACCCGCGGGCCGGGCAUGCGAUCCAACCUCGCCGUCGGAUUAGACUCAGGAAAGGCCCUUUCCGUCGCAUGGCAGAUCCCCUUCGUCGGCGUCCACCACAUGCACGCCCACCUGCUCACCCCCCGUCUGGUGGCAUCCAUGCGACAGCAUGACAAGGAGAUCAAGGGGAUGAUCGAAUACGAAGACUACUCGGCGCCCAUCCACCCCACCUUCCCAUUCCUCUCGAUCCUCGUCUCCGGCGGCCACACGAUGCUGGUCAAGUCCCUAUCCCUCAUCGACCACGAAAUCCUCGCCACAACAUCCGACAUCGCCAUCGGCGACGCCAUCGACAAAACCGCCCGCAUGAUCGUGCCCCCCUCCAUCAUCCAACAAUCCACAAGCACCAUGUACGGCCCGCUGCUGGAGCAGUUCGCCUUCCCCAACGGCGCCCGGGAUUACCACUACCACCCGCCGAUAACCCGCGGGGAGGAAAUCGCCAAACGUGAGUCUCCGUGGGGCUGGUCCCUUACGGCGCCCUACGCCGCGACCCGCCAGCUGCAGUUCAGCUUCUCCUCCAUCGGCAGCAUGGUCGAUCGGAUCAUCUCCUCGAAGGAGAAGUCCGGCGAGCCCAUGUCCACGGAAGAGCGGGUGGAUCUGGCGCGCGAGACCAUGCGUACCUGCUUCGAGCAUCUGGCUUCGCGCACCGUGAUCGCGCUGGAGGAACAUCGGGACCAGAAUGAGGCGGACGCGAUCGAUACCCUUGUUAUCAGUGGCGGUGUCGCCGCGAACAAGUAUCUCAUGACCGUGCUGAAUGAGUUCCUUGGUGCCCGUGGGUUCGGCAACGUGAGGAUCAUCGCGCCCCCGCCGUAUCUAUGCGUCGAUAAUGCCGCCAUGAUCGGCUGGGCGGGCAUCGAGAUGUUUGAGGAUAACUGGCGCACGGAACUAAGUGCUCGGUCGAUCAGAAAGUGGUCCCUUGAUGCGAGGGCCGAGGAUGGUGGUCUGUUGGGUCCCUCUGGGUGGAAGAAAAUACGGGGUCCGGGACGCCGUGUAUACUAACUACUAACUAAUCACUGUCUGCUUGGUGUUGUUGUUUCUCCUUUCUUCACUCUUCGGCUAUAUUUGAAAUUUGGAUGGCAUAAGCGUACAUCUUCACUACAUAGAAUUUUAUUUAAAGACAAACCAUGUACAUAUUAUUUC